CGAAGCGCCGUGCAGUCCACAACUUUUGUAGUGGGUCAAUGAAUUGAAAAUUGUAUUGUAAAAAUAGUUUUGAUCGAUUUUCUUUGGUGAUUUCGUUUUUAUGCCAACCGUGACGGAUAUUUCAGGAAGUAACGUGUACCCUCCACCAAUGGCGUCAGACCAGGAGUCAUGUUCUGAUGAGGAGCCAGACAGCGAGAUGUUGAGUGAUGAUCUCUGUCUCCCGGACAGUGAUGAUGAUAGACAAUCCAAUAGGACUGUUCAGAGUCUCCCAGAAGACCUGCCUUCCCUCAACUCCUGUCUCCUCCGCCCUCCUCGGAAGCUGUUCACCAACUGCCGGGAGCGCUGGAGACAGCAGAACGUGAGUGGCGCCUUCGCAGAGUUGAGGAGACUUGUACCCACGCACCCACCAGAUAAGAAACUGUCUAAGAAUGAGAUCCUCAGGAUGGCUAUCAGAUACAUUGGCCUGCUAUGUGAAGUCUUAGAAUGGCAGAAGACACAUGGGCUGGCUAUGAACAAAGAAAAUUCAGCCAGUCUUGCGAUCAAAUGUGAGUCUCCAAUGAGUCCGCAAUCUCGCCGACUGCGGCUCAAAAGACCUUACUUUAACGAAGAAGAUUGCCCAAGAGCGAAAAUUUACCACGAAAAUGGGGAAUUCCAGAGAUAUGGCAAUGAAGAGAAUGAAGAAAUUAGAAGAGGUUACCAGAGAUUGGGUAACAGGACAGACUUUUAUUUCGGAAAAGAGCAUUUGAGGGUUUUAAGGAAUCAGUUUUACUUUCCUCCGAGAUGGCGACAGAAUAUGCCGUUCAGGAACUUGGCUGAUCGGAACGGGAACAACUUGUUGAUGAUUGCUCCCGCGCAGAAUGGUAAAGAUGACCUGGAUGGCAAACUGCAGAAUGGUCACGGAAGUAAAGAUAAGGAUAAAGAUGGGAAAUGAGCGCUUAAGUGAUCUUUUUGUUAUAUUGGUACAUCAACGUUGGCCAAUAACCAACCAGUCUAAAACAGUUGUUUGUUAUUUCUUUGAAGGAACGAUUUCACCGAGAAACGUAGAAUUUAGGAGGAUAAAGGAAUACUCAAUAUUUGUAGUUUUUAUUGUUACAUUCCAUGUUCUUAGAUUGUAAAAUAAAUAAUAAGAUUACGGUACGAUUACCCUUACGUGGCCAUGUUAAUUUUUCAGCAGGUAAAAAUAAAUUAGAUACUACUACUCUUUUCAUAUAACAUUUGAUUAAUUUCAUUAAAUAUUAUUUAUGUCCGUCCAGUGAUUUACCUUAUGUUGUUAAUAUUAUAGGGCCUUACUACAAAAACUUUAAACCCUGUUUUACGCUUGUCUAAUAAAAUUUUGGCUGCAAAAUGAACCAUAUGUCAACGUCAUAAUUUGUCAUUUUUUUAGACAAGGCAUAAACUGACGUUUAAAAGUUUUUGUGGUAAGACGGAUAUUGUUUUGCUUCAAAAAUCAUGGUCAUACUGUUUCAUGGUCUCUCUGUUCCAAGUCGGUUAUGAUAUCUCAAUGCUCUUUAGGUAGAAAUUUUUGCAUAAACUCAUAUUAUCAGGACACGUAUUUCUAUAUAAGUAUCGUAAGUACAUCAAAAAUGGAAGUUCUCAGUUUUACUCAUGUGUAUUUUUGUGCGUGAGUCUAACUAGGUUGUUUUUUUUUGUACCCUUUGAAUUGAUAUUAAAUUGAAUAUAAUACUAGAUGUUACCCAGCGCUGUAGAAUCUUUAUUUGAUUUACGCUAACUUUAAUUAUUAAUAAAUAACUUAGAGAAUCUUUUUAACAAAAGGGUUUUCGUCUAUUUUACCUACUUUGAUUUGUGAUAUUUAGCACUUAACUUAAAUAAACAUUAUUAAAUACU